CCCUAUUCCAAAACCCCUCUUUUCUCUCUCUCUCUUCUCUCAGUCACGGCAGCCGCACCACUCCCAGCCACCCCCAAGCCCCUGCUCUCCGCCUCUGUUAUGUUGCACCACCACCAGUCCCUCCUCCUCUCUCUCUCUCCCCCUCUGUAACGAUCUGAGCCCAAGCAUUUCUCUCUUUUUUUUACCCUAUCAACUAUUGAUCCGACACUGAUUGGUAAAUUCAGCGAUAACUUAGGUUAAAGUUUAGUGAAAAUGGUGGUGAGGAUUCGAUUGGCUCGGUUCGGAUGCAAGAACAAGCCAUUUUAUCGGGUCAUGGCAGCAGAUAGCAGGUCUCCUAGAGAUGGCAAGCACCUCGAAGUUCUUGGCUAUUACAAUCCUUUGCCAGGCCAAGAUGGUGGUAAACGGAUGGGUAUAAAUUUCGAAAGAGUGAAGUACUGGCUGUCUGUUGGUGCUCAGCCUUCGGACCCUGCUCAACGCAUUCUUUUUCGAGCAGGGUUAUUACCGCCACCACCAAUGGUGGCAAUGGGACGUAAAGGUGGUCCAAGAGACACUCGCCCCGUAGAUCCUUUGAGCGGGCGCUUUGCAUCGCCAAAGGUUCCAGCCAAUCCUGAUCAAUUAAAGGACGCCGAAAGCAAUGAAAAUGGUGGUAAAGAUGGUGCUACUACACCGUGAACUCGCAGUUACGAGUUUCAAAGAUAUUUUUCUCUUUAUUUUGUAGGAGUAAUCUUAUAUUUGAUCACAGAACCAUGAAAAAUAACUAACUAGCAUUGCUUGGAGACUGCAGUGGCUUGUGACUACAUAUUAAGAGUUAUCUUUUCUACAUGUUGAACUUUUUGUUCGUUCCAUCCAAUUAUGGUCGACCAUCUUUCACAUGCAGAUUUGCAUUGCUUGACAAAUUGUCUUGUUUUGCACAAGUGUUCUAGGAAAUAGUUUGUUAUAAUAAUACUAAUAAUAAUAACGCACUCUAGAAUUUUGGAGUGAUCGAUUUAUUCCCUAA